CCAACUUUUUCUUAUUGUUGAUUUGAUUAAAAAAAAAUCCAUUUUGUUAUGGUUUUUAUAACGUUUGGUUACAAAAUUAAGCAUGGUAGGAUGAGCUGUACACUAUUUGCAUUUAGCGAAAUAUUUAUGCAUUUUGUUAAUUCUUGACCAAAGAACAAAUAUGAGUUGAAAUGAAGAAGAGUUUUAACCCCACCGAUAUCCAACAAAAGGAGAGUCUAGAGCUCUCGAAAAAACUUUAUCGUACAAUAGGUGAACAAUCCAAACAGCUUGAUGAUGCCCGAAGCUGUGUGUUCAACGUUUGUGAUCUUUUUGCGCCAGCACUCAGAUCUCAGCGCAGGAAAUUCUGUGACUAUUGUGACCGCCUGAUUUUUUCUGAUCCCUUGCUGUAUGGACGCAAAGGUGAAGAACUGCUUUGGAGAAAGGGUUUUUAUGAUGUUAUUUCGAUGGCUAAAAGGUUAAAAAAGAAGGAAUUUACACAAGAAGAAGUUUCUAGCAUCCAAGCACAUAUUUAUUCAGGAAUUGGAUUCUACCAUCAUAUGUUGACAAAACUGUCCAUACAAUUCAAUAUACACUUGCAAACUACUGUGGAUUGUAAAAUGUUACUGGAAAGUAAUGUAGAUCCUGCUGAAGUUAAUGAUGAAUUGAAGGAAUGGGCCAAGCAAACUGUUUAUCAGUGUCUGAUUUAUUUGGGUGAUCUUAGCCGGUAUAGAUUAGAGCUUAAGACUAAAAAUUCUGAUCCGUCCAUUGCAAUCAGGUAUUAUCUUCAAGCAAUAAGUUUCAAACCGAACAAUGGAAUGCCCUAUAACCAAAUGGGUACUUUGGCAAUGUAUCAGAACAAUUUGUUGGAUGCAGUUUACCAUUAUUUACGAUGCUUGGCUUGUAAGGUGCCAUUUGAGGGAACCACAAAUAAUUUGCAAAAUCUGUUUGAAAAAAAUUCAAAGUUUAUUGAGCAACUGCCAAGAAUUGAUGAAGAUGCUGAUUGCAUUGUAGAACCAGAUAAAAGUGACAAUAUUAGAAGAUUUAUUGCUAGAUUUCUCCUCCUUAUUGACAUUUGGUAUUUUAACAAAAAAGUUCCAAAAGUAUACAGUUUAUGUCAUCAAACAUAUAAAAACUUAGAAGAAUGUCUCACUUAUUGCAAGCCAACUCCAAGUGAAUCUGAUGAGUCUUCUACAUUAGAUAUGGUUCCUUCAGAUCCCGAUCCAAGUUACAUCAAUGGACAAAUGAUUUUCAAGGCGAUAGUAAUUUGUUUAUUAGUAAUUUCCAAACUUCAAGCCAAUAAUUCGCCUUCCCUUUCGACUUUGAUCGCUUUCACUUUGAGUAUUUAUUCCCAACUAAUUCAAAAGCUAUGCAGACAUAUUGAAGAAGCCGUUUUAAAUUAUCCAACCACGGAAAGUAAAAGGUCAUGCGGCGUUCUUGGGGAAAUAAUUAAGACUGGGAAAAAAGGAUCCAAAUCAAAAUUGCGUCGGAGAAAAGCUUUAAUCGUAGAAAGUGAAGAAUCUGAUGCUAGUGAAAAUGGUUAUGAAUCAGAUUCAAGCAGUUCAGAUGAGUCAUAUACUUCAUCCAAUGAGGAUGUUCUAGUUGAAACCUCUGAUGAGGAUAUUGAAAGCCAUAAGCAGGUUAUGGAUGACUCCCAAACAGCAUCUGCUCCAAAUCACACCAAAGACAAACAAAAAGGGGCAUCAAAAAACAAAGAUUUUGUAUUGAGGAAAGUUCAAAAGAUGGACAUAAACAUUAUGCUUGAAAUUAUCAAUGAAGAGGGUUUAUUGCAGAGCAUCAGAGUAGUAAGCGAAUGGCUGAAAUCAGAUAAAGACAUUAUUAAAUCGUGUGUCGCCACCACCAGCACUUUGGUCAAGCAACUAGUUCAAUUAAUUAAUCUGAUUAAUAUUAAUUUUAGCAGUGCCAGAAGCAUAAAUUUGAAAUUUAAGGUGUCCAAAAUAAUAAAAAACGAAUCAAAAAUCCCGUUGCCAGAAGAUGUUACUUUGAAAAACAUUAGAUUGUUCGAGCUCGCUCAGGCUGAAUACGAUUGGGAUUAUCUACGAGAAAACGAUAUUACUAGUCGCGAAGAAAAUGUGAUUCGAAUUCUGAAAAUUCUUUCUUUUGGGAAAAUUUUAACGAAAAUUGAAGAUACUGGAGUCACUUUUGAUGAGACCAAAAAUAUUCUUAUUUUCGACGAAAAAGAUUGGAGUGCUGGAGUUGAUAGCGGACACUCAGAAAGCUGCUUAAUAGAAGAACUGGAACGUCAAGAAGAAACCGAGGUAGUUAAUAAACCAUCUCUGACGAACGGUGAAUUAAAAUCUACAUCAGAAAACCAUAAAAUGAAGCAUAUGGGUCAACUAUGGCUGGCAUCGGAAGUGCGUGCCCUGGAGACAAGAGUUGGUAGUACGAAAGCGACACUCUCUCCUUAUUUAGUGAUCGAUGCCGAUGCGCUGAUUAAGUACACGCGAAUGGUGAAACAAUUGGUUUAUUCCAGGCAAUUUAUUUUGUUGGUACCUGUCGCAGUCGUAUCUGCUUUGGAUGAUUUAAAAAAAGAAUGCAUCGAGGCACGCGAUGCUAUUCGUUGGCUAGAAGCGCAGUUUCAACGAGGAAAUCGGUUUUUCCGUGCACAGCGCCCCCAUGAGCGCGCUGCAAUUCCACUGAUAAAAUACCCGAAGAAAAAAGACAAGGAAAUGCACGUUUUCAUUCAAAUCAUCGAAUGUUGUUACUAUUUUACGGAUCAACAAAAAGGAGCGUCUAAUGUAGUCACUUUUUUGAUGGGCACGCUGAACAGCCUCGGUGGUGGGGAUAAUAAAGAGUUUAGUUAUGGAGGGUUGGCGAAAAGUGUGGGGAUUAUUUUAGAGUCCAUAACGAGCUUUUAUGCUAAAUGGAAAAAGAAUAUGGGUACUAAUAGGUGAAAAAUGAUAAGGAAAUUUACUGUAUUCGGGGCUUGUUAUGAAGAUUGAUUGUCUUCAUCGGGAGAAGUUAAUACGAAUUACUUAUGUUGUCCAUAUUUUUUAAUAUAUUUGUUCUGUUAACUUAAUUGAAGAAAUAGUAAUUGUCAUUAUAAUAAGUCGAAUUAAAAUUACUUUCGGGUGUAA